UUCAACAGGGUGGGGCUGACAAAUUCGUGCCCGGUUUAAUCAAUCAAUAAGAACAAUAUUCCGCUGCCUGGACGCGUCGUGUGAGUUUUUUUCAAGAUAUUAUGUAAUAUUUAUGCAAUUCGCGAUUGGCCAAGGAGAAUUUAAACGAACAUGGAAGAGGAAGCCUGCAACAACUUCAAAUCCAUAAGGGCAAAGUUUCAGGAAGAGAUCCAGGGGAGGUACAGACCCAUGGUUCCUGAGAAACCCAAACGCCUCCCAACAUCAGCCACGAGAAGCUCUGGUCUGCUCACCAUGAACCUUUGUUCAACCGUGGAAACCAAGACCUCCAGUCAGCCCCAGGUCACAAUGAGAGAAGACCAGAAAUCACCCUCGGGAAAACGCCCUGUAUCAUUCCCGAGCACAACGUCUGAAGUCGGGAUGCCUGGAGAUGGCCAGAACAGGCAGUCGCUUAAAAUACGCCGUUUGCCCCUCGUGUUGCCGCUUUCAAACGGUUCUUCUGCACCUCCUUCAAAGGGCAUCACCUCGCCUCUCAAAUACAUCAUGAAACCAAUUCCUACACCUUUCGGCUCCACCAGAGUUUCACUGUGCGCUAAAGAAAUUGGUAAAAAUGGUCUGGGGCUUUUGAAAAACAGUGGUACGUUCAAUGUUCAGAUGGAAGAGGCCGGUGCAGAAGUCGGGGAGGUCCAACAGACCUCUGUCUCGCUAGAUCGUUCAGCUCCGGCUUCGCCAAACGAUUCGCUGACCGAUUCCUCUUCCGGAAGUGCUUCUCAUUUCUUUGACCAGCAUGUGCUGAGCACGCUGGAGAAAGCCAAGAGGAAGCUCUGCCACAAGAACCGGUUGGUGUGUGGUAGACCAAAGGGCUUCUACUGCAGCAAAGCGCAAGUGCAGCUCACAGAAAGUCCUCCAUCGCCUCCUGAAUCUGAGAGGCGUCACCCAGAGACUUCGCCGGCGAAGGUUAACGGAAUAUCGCACGGCCCCAUCUCUGUAAUGGAGCUCGGUGGAGUCAUGCAGCCGGGAAAAGCAUGCAAACCUCUUCCUGACCUGGCAUCCUUAGGCCCUGCGCCCUCAAAGCCACCAAGACCUCCGCAUGUGGAUCUGAGCAAAUAUAAAACUGGAGCUCAUGAACCAAGCGAAGCUCUUACUAUUGAAUCUGUACCUGAGCCUGAGCCUGUGGCCCCUGCUGAUGCAUCGCUUGAAGACCCGAGCGUACCUCCGCCCGAAUUUCCAGAUUUUGACAUCUCCGCACCAGAAGCCACAGACAGCAGUGCCAUAAAUCUGGCCGCCCUGGACUUAGAGGCCACUGAGUUUCCGGCGUUUGAUCCGCUGCCGGGCGAAGACGCUGGCGUGCUUUCGGUCCGACGCGGUCUGAAUCAUUUCGCUCCAAACUGCAUGCAGUCAGAAGGCGCUCUCUGUCGGUCCUGGGAGGACUUGAGAAACGAAGGCGCCCUGGCGUCUAACACAGAAUCGGUGACCUCUGACCUGAGAAUGAAUGGAUCGCACGCUACCUUCAGCCUGAGCAGUGAACACCCUUCUUCUAAACAAAAGUGUCUUCACAAACCCUUUGAUAAUGUUUACGAGGAUGUGGAAACGGUCCCCAGGUUUCCUUUUUCUCAAAGCUCUUAUAAGUGUAAAGGAGCUCCUAAGAAUCCGUAUGCGGAUAACAGCCUGGCGAAAGAAGAAACGUGGAGGAAUAUAUGGCACGUCACUCAAUGGUCUAAUGCAGCUGAAGAUCACAACGGUCAACAUGAAAGAAAGAAGCAGCUGAGCCCUGAACAUCAUGAGGAUAAAGAACUGAAGAAGAAAGAGAAGCAGCGUCUGGAGAAGGAGAAGAAGGAACGGAAAGAGAAGGAUAAAAAAAGAAAUGAAAUGCACAAGAAAUUUAAAAUCACUGGACUGGAGGAGCCCAUGUAUCAUGCCCGAGUGCUGGCGGACAGCAAACUACGAAAGUAUGACCUGCCCGUCAAAAGCGGGGAUCUCAUCAGCAUCAUCCGAACAGUGAGCUGCCCCAAGGGCAAAUGGCUGGCCAGAGACGCCAACAACAAAUACGGCUACAUUUCCGUGAUGAACGUGGAGUUGAACAUUAAGGAGAUGCUUGAGCUCGGAAAGAAGGUAUCGCAGGCCACGGGACGAGGCCAGACGGAUGGAGAUAACCUCAGUGUCAGCAGCAGGUUUGAUCUUUGCAGGUCCUCUCAUCAGAAUCCUGUGUUUACAAGUAGCUUCACUGAUGACAGCGAGGAGUGGAUGUACGAAGACGACACGCUGUCCCUGUCUGCUGAGAACGUGAGUCAGAUCAAAGCCGCCUCCGUGCCUGAGAUGUUUGAUGGUAACUCUUCGGCUCAUCAUCCUUUCGUUGACUGGAGUCUUGAAGACGUCCAGACGCAAGAGGCCGAAAGCUUUCAGUUUGCAGACGUGGAUCUUCUACCUCCUCCGGCUCUUUAUGCCGACUCUCUGUGAGCUGCCGUGGUUUUGAUUGCAUGCCUCUAUCUUUACCAAGAACAUCCAGCACUGUCCUUCAAAUCAUCAAACCUGACUCGAGAGAAGAUGUCUGAAAGGCAGCUCACUGCAGCAUUUUGACGAAAGCGUGCAAGCCGUGGUAGAUUGAGGAUGGGUGACGGACGAGGACGGCUUCGGGGUUUUAAUGAAAUGGGAAUAUGGCACUUUUUCAUGUGAGCUAUCAAAUUGCAAAACUGAAGCUCUCUGCAUGGAAUUGAGAGUGACUUUUGCAUGCUGUCUACACCUUUAAGUUGCUUUUGUCUUCGUGUGUCUCAUUGUGUGGGGAUGUUAAAAGUCGGUGGUUUGAUUACAUGUUUGUUCAAUAAUGAAAACACAACUUCAAUGAAAUAAAUGGAUCUGUAUACA